AUGCAGAUCUUCGUCAAGACCCUCACGGGGAAGACCAUCACCCUCGAGGUCGAGAGCAGCGACACCGUCGACAACGUCAAGGCCAAAAUCCAGGACAAGGAAGGGAUUCCUCCGGACCAGCAGCGUUUGAUAUUUGCUGGCAAGCAGUUGGAGGAUGGACGCACGCUUGCUGACUACAACAUUCAGAAGGAGUCGACUCUUCACUUGGUCCUCAGGCUCAGGGGCGGCACGAUGAUCAAGGUCAAGACUCUCACUGGGAAGGAGAUCGAAAUCGACAUUGAGCCCACCGACACGAUUGACAGGAUCAAGGAGCGCGUUGAGGAGAAAGAAGGCAUUCCUCCUGUGCAGCAAAGGCUGAUUUACGCUGGUAAGCAGCUUGCAGAUGACAAGACUGCCAAGGACUACAACAUCGAAGGUGGCUCGGUCCUCCAUCUUGUCCUUGCUCUGAGGGGUGGUUACUAG